AUGCGGUUGGUGCUCCACGAGCUGGGCCUGUUGGUGUAUGCUGUCAAUGUUCACUCUGUGAUUCAGGAGACCUGGUGCAUGUGGAGGCCCACAAAAAAAAUCUUCUCGGUGUCCUCCUCCAUGUUGGUCAAGCUGUGUCCUCAUGGUUGGAGUCAGGUGGAGACAAACUUUUUCCUGCCUGUACUGCACAUCACUGAGUGGGCCCUGGCCUACUGCUAUCUCUGGAGACGGGUGUAUAGAACAACAACACAUGUUCCACGGGAAUUAGGACAGAUCAUGGAUUCAGAAACAUUUGAAAAAUCUCGUCUGUAUCAGCUGGACAAAAGUACUUUCAGCUUUUGGUCAGGCCUGUAUUCAGAGGUUGAGGGCACUAUGAUUCUCCUUUGUGGAGGAAUUCCUUUUCUCUGGAAUCUGUCUGGUCAGAUCUCUGGUCGUGCUGGGUUUGGACCAGAAUAUGAGAUUGUUCAGUCAUUGGUAUUUCUGCUGCUUGCAACACUCUUCAGUGCAGUGACUGGUCUCCCAUGGAGUUUAUAUAACACAUUUGUCAUAGAAGAGAAACAUGGCUUCAAUCAACAGACACUGGGAUUUUUUUUUAAGGAUGCUAUCAAGAAGUUUAUCGUGACCCAGUGUAUUCUGUUGCCAGUGACAUCCCUUCUGCUUUACAUUAUUAAAAUAGGAGGAGACUACUUCUUCAUCUAUGCCUGGCUCUUCACGUUAGUUGUUUCCUUGGUGCUUGUUACAAUCUAUGCAGACUAUAUUGCACCUUUGUUUGAUAAAUUCAUUCCGCUUCCUGAGGGAGAGCUCAAGCAACAAAUUGAAACAAUGGCAAAGAGCAUUGACUUCCCAUUGACUAAGGUGUAUGUUGUUGAAGGUUCUAAGCGUUCUUCUCAUAGCAAUGCUUAUUUCUACGGAUUCUUCAAGAAUAAGCGGAUAGUACUCUUUGACACCCUCCUGGAAGAUUAUUCUGCAUUGAACAAAGAGCCAGCAGAAGGAGAAGAUGGUGAGAAUGAAGAGACAAAGUCUAAAACCAAAAAUAAGAAACAAGGAUGUAAAAAUGAAGAAGUUCUGGCUGUACUUGGUCAUGAAUUGGGUCACUGGAAACUAGGUCACACUGUCAAAAAUAUUAUCAUUAGCCAGAUGAAUUCCUUCCUCUGCUUCUUCUUGUUUGCUGUGUUAAUUGGUCGAAAAGAACUCUUUGCUGCAUUUGGUUUCUAUGACACCCAGCCUACCCUGAUAGGCUUGAUGAUUAUUUUCCAGUUUAUUUUUUCACCUUACAAUGAGGUUCUCUCAUUUUGUUUGACUGUAUUAAGCCGACGAUUUGAGUUUCAAGCAGAUGCAUUUGCCAAGGAACUUGGGAAGGCUAAAGACCUGUAUUCUGCUUUGAUCAAGCUAAACAAAGAUAAUUUAGGAUUCCCUGUUUCUGACUGGAUCUUUUCAAUGUGGCAUUACUCCCAUCCACCCCUUUUAGAAAGACUUCAGGCCUUGAAAGAUGCAAAGCAAGAGUGACAGGAAUCAUUGUUGGUUCAGAGACAGUGCUUCCAUCUCAGAAGCAAAGUUCACAGCUGCUUUUUAAUUUCUUUUUAAAAAUGGAUAAUGCCAAUUAAGUGCAAUGUUAACAGCACCACAGAUCUGAGAAUCCUGAAACAGGUAUUAAAUUAUAAAUGACUUUUUUUAACAAAAACAAAACUGUGGAACUUAAAGUAGAAAAAGCACUGGGUGAAGACCUUCCCCAAACACACACUGGCUUUUAUCUCCAUAUCAUAGUAUAGACUUCUAAAGGGAGAAAAACAAAAGUAUAGACUUCAAAGCACCUAUUUCUUCAGUUUGUGUAUGCCUUGAACAUUGCUUUUGAUCCUUUUCCCAUUCUCAGCAUUCUGUGAACCUUCCCAAAUCUCAACCCUCUUCACAAUGAAGAGGAUUUGAGUGACUUGAUUUCUUGUAUAAUAAUACUUGUACUCGCCAGUCACUGUUUUGUGUUUUAAAAAGCUGAAUGCAAGUACAGGCCUUUCUCCUGGAUUCAUGUCUGUCGUAAUUGAAAAUGAUACUUAAUAAAACCUCCUGUCUCUGAAGUGUAGGAAGAAGGAUGAAUUACAGUUGAGGAAAUGUACCAUGGCUUCCUUAAAAAUGAGCACUAGUUGGUAUUUAGUAGCAUUGUAGUGGGAUUAGGCUCCUCCUCCACCGUGCUGCUGGGGGUGUGGAAGGAUGUUAUGGAGAAUCAGAACAGGACCCACAUGUUAGAGAAAGUUGCUAAUUCUCUGUUGUUCUCCCUUUUGCCUGUGAGUGGAAUGGUUAACAGCUUUUCCGCACCUCAGUUCCUCCAUUUCUGUUGUCCUUUGCCUAAUUUUUUUGUGUAUAUGGAAGUGUCCAGUUGCUCAGACAGUGUAUCAGAGCUGAACUUUCAUUCUGAGGGGGUUUGUCCUCCACUCCGUGGAGGGUUUUCCAUUAAUAUGAAUCUAGCUGAAAUAGCAGUGUUGGAAUACUUAGAAAAUAUUCCUCAUUGUUUUUCUGAUAUAAAUAGCCCAAGACACAGUUUGUUCAUAUAGGUUAGUGAAGGACAAAGUGAAAAUUGCGAAAAUGGCUUCUGCAGUGAUUAUCUCAGAUUUUUCUGAUGAAAGGUGGAAUUAAAUUUACUUUUGUUGACAUAAAGAUAAAAGUUAAAUAUAAGUUUGUAUGUGCCAUACAAAUGUUUUGGACCAGACUGAAUGCACAUACUUCAUAUAAAAAUCAGAUUUUAUAUCUGUGGUAAAUUAAAAAGUUCUGCUCAGCUAUGUACAAAGAGAAAAGUCGUCAAAGCAAAUUCUCAUUGCUUCAGAUGUCAGAGUGUUCUCUGACUUUACUGUUAGCUUAAAUUUGCUUUUCUGAUCAUAGGGAAAAAUGCCUUAUAAGAUGAUGGGCAUGAUGAUGUCUCAGGUGCAACAAGAUACAAGAUGUUGCUGGAAGCCCUUUGUAUGCCUUAUUCUAAUUGUGUUUAUACCCUAGCAAAUAUGAAGCUGAACUAUAGAUAUGGACUUAGGAGACAGUUUUACAAACAUGGGGAGCCUAUAUUUGUCAUGUUAACUGCAUUUAAUAAAUGGCCCUUAAAAUUAAAAG